AUGCAAAAGUUUUUCGUACUACUGCUGCUGGCGUUGCCAGCCGUCCUGCUGACGGUGAAUACCGGAUCGAGUCCGUUCGCCUUUGCCGCAGAAGAUGAGCUGGACGAGGAGCUGGUCGAUGUGGAAACGGAAGAUGCCGCUGUCGUGGCAGAUGAAACGGAACCGGAGGAUGAACCCGAAACGACAAAGUCACCGGAUGCGGACACGUACUUGCUGUUCACGCGGCCAUUACAUGCGACCGGUUCGCAGCUCGAACUGCCCGCUGGUUACCCGGUGGAAUUCUUGGUUGGUUUCACGAACAAGGGCGAAUUUGAGGAUUUCGUCGUCGAAUCUGUCGAAGCUUCGUUCCGGUACGCCAUGGAUUUCAGUUACUUCAUCCAAAACUUCUCGGCCGUUCCGUACAACCGUGAGGUGAAACCGGGCCAUGAAGCGACCGUUUCGUACUCGUUCCUGCCCACCGAAUCGUUUGCCGGGCGUCCGUUUGGACUGAACAUUGCUCUCAACUAUCGUGACGGCCGUGGUAAUCAGUUCAGUGAGGCGGUAUUCAACGAAACCGUUCAAAUUACCGAGGUCGACGAGGGACUGGAUGGUGAAACGUUCUUCCUGUACGUGUUCUUGGCCGCCAUCGUGAUUCUGCUGCUGGUGCUCGGCCAACAGUUCCUGGGAUCGUACGGGAAGCGGAAACGUCCGACAGCUGCCCGCAAGGUCGUUGAAACGGGUACCGCCAGCACGAAGGAUGUUGACUACGAAUGGAUCCCGUCGGAAACGUUGAAGCAGCUGCAAAACUCCCCCAAGGGUGCCCCCAAGUCUUCGCCGAAACAGAGUCCUCGGCAGCGAAAGGCAAAGGCUAGCGUGCAGUAA